CACUAUAUUUGUUUGGCCUAAACUGCACCAUGUAUUUUCCCGGAGAUGCGCGUUUUCACAAUCACUGCAAUUACUGACAAAUGGAUUUAUCAUUGUGUGUUCUAAUAAUGAAGUGCAUGGUUUUAACUAGGCCAGUUUUUAUAACAAGACAGAAGCCAACCCUCGUUCUGAUAUAUACACAACUAUGUAAGUUGUCACUUUCUUCAAAGGAGUCAUGCCAAAAUCUAAGCUGAAAAGUAAUACUAAUAUAGAGCAAGAUCAAGAUGACGAAUCCAGUGCUGUUAAAAGGGCAAGGGUAGAGGGGACGGACACGCUACAAAUGGGAGUGCCAACAGGUACUCAAUCAUAUGGAAAUGAAGCCUCAGACAUCAAAAGCCAAACAAGUCGGCUCUUCCAUGAAGAACUUGCCAUUGGCAGCUGUGUACGUCCAAUUAAUACCAAAUAUUGUGGAACUGUUGGUCCAUUUCUGAAGAUAAAAGAAACAGGCGAGUUGUGUUUCUUGACUGUCCGGCACAUUUUUGGACCCUUCCGAUCACCAAAAAUAUUCUUUGGGACGAAAGUUUUUCAAAUAAUUUCAUUGAAAGAGGAGAAGAAAGAAUGGGAAUGUGGAUGUGUGGUAGCGGCAGAAUACAGUGAAAGUCUAGAUGUUGCUCUUGUAAAAGUUUCUGAAACCUGUGUCUCCCCUAGGAUCAAAUUUGUGCACGUUACUGAUGAACAUCUCAGAGAUUCCGGGUUAUAUUCGGCAAACUUUCCGCCAUAUAAUAAUACUCAUACAACAGUUGAUGCAAGGAAGCUAACUCCGAACGAGAUAGAAACACACCAAUUGAUUAAAUUUAGCAAAGUUACAGGAUUAACAGUUGGAAAGUUUCAUUUGUGUGAUGGACGAGUGAAAACUGAUACAUACACAGUUCGGAGGGAUGAGCCAAACUAUACACUGACUGAAAUUUUGACAUACAAAAAUCAGUUUCGAGUUAUUUCCGUUGGAAAUGGAACCUUUGCUAAAGACACUGACGUCGGAGCAGCGGUUUAUCUAGUUGGUGAGACAAAAUGCUUACGCUGUGUUGGCAUUGUAUCUAGAAUCAUGGAAGACAAAAGAGAAGUUCUUGUGACUCCCAUAGACGAUAUAUUAACGGGGCUACAACAACAGUUAGGACAGACACUGGAAGUUGUAACGAGUCAUUCGAACAACCAAAAGAUCUCUAGUGAUAAUGAAGACCAUUUCCUGUAUUCUCGUGCUUUGAGUGAAGGUCAGGAGCAUGACAGACACUUACGUGUAAAUAUUAUUGGGUUUUAUGCGCAGGGUAAAACCACUCUGACGCGAAGACUGCUGAAUGAACCGGUAAAAGAAGUUGAAAGCACUGAUGGGAUAGACGUUCAUAUACGGCGAUGUAAGAUAAAAGAAAAGAAUUGGGAGAGAUUUGAUACAAAGCAAGAGUUUGACGAACUCUCAUGUCGUCUUGUUUCUAUAGCAAAGUCCGUUGCAGAGAAUUCAGACAGUAUACAAGAUACUGAAGAUAAUGAAGAAUUAGAUUUAACAACGGGAUUUAAAGAGCAAGUCUUGAUAGAAGAUGGCGAAAGAAGACUUCGAACAACGACUAGUUACAACAGAAAAACUGUACAAACAGACGCACCAGCUGAGCCCAGUACAUCUGUGAAAUGUGUUCCGCUUUUCAGACAUUUUUCAGAUGAUUUAUCUGAAAAUAAAACAAUAUCAGACAAUGAGCUUAUUGCAACUAUUUGGGACUUUGGGGGACAAUUUGUGUAUUAUGCUACUCAUCAGAUAUUUCACUCAAGAGACGCUGUGUACCUUUUGGUUUUUGACUUAAGGAAAGGGCUUGACAAUGUAUUAGAAGACUACGAUUUCCCGGAUAGACAAGAAAAGAUGAAAACAAGCUUGAUGUUUUGGGUGAACUCCAUUAAUGCAUUUGUUGGGUCGGAUGAUGGAACCAAGCCUAAAAUCAUUCUAGUUGGAACACACAAAGACAAGUUUACAGGGGAUAUUGAGGCAAAGUUCAAAGAAGUGAAGGAAUUAUUUGCAGGGACAGAUGUCAGAAACCACAUUUUUGACCAUACAUUUGCCGUCGCUAAUACGGAUAUGUCCGAUGACGUGAUCGAUGAACUCCGUGAAACGAUCUAUCAGAUUGGGGUGGAAACUGCAUCUUGUAGAUUGAUACCUGCAAAGUGGAUACCGCUAGAACUAUCUUUGCUUGAGGUGAGACACAAAAAUAUCAUAACGUUUAAUGAAGUGAUAGAGAUGGAUGCAGAGAAUGAUCAUCCUAUCAGAGACGAAAACCAGAUAAAGGAAUUUCUUAAAUACCAUCACGAAAAAGGCACACUCGUAUUCUUUGACGAAGAAGAAUUGAACAAGCACGUGAUCUUAAACCCCCAGUUUCUAAUAGAUGCAUUUAGAUGCAUCAUUACAUCAAAAACCAUUUGUGACGGAAGCUCAAAACUCUUUCUGCUUUGGAAAAAGAUGACAAACAUGGCGGUUUUAGAAAACGAAAUUCUAGAUGCGGUCUGGAGCAAAGAAAGAAACAUUGACUUCUUUAGGUGUUCAAGCAUUUUGUUGAACUUCUUGAAAAGGCACAGAAUUCUAGCAGAACUUCAAACGGAUGACAGCUCGGACAAAUUAGUCGGUAUGGGUAAAUAUAUGAUACCAAGUUUUCUCAAAAGCAAUUGUAGCAACGAAACUUCCGACGAAUUUCUUUGCAAGAAAACCUAUUCCAGUGUUUUACUGGGAAUUUGCCUUGAAAACAUCACAGUGCUGGCUACUGUUUACGAGCGGAUUACUGCGGCUGCCCUUGGACGAUGGCCACCGAUCAAAUUUGAAGAUCAGUACCUAGUUUUUCAAAACGUUGGUUACUACAGACUUGACCGGCAACACGCAGGAAGAAUCACACAGAAGGAGGGUAAAGGUAUAGAAUUAAUGGUCAUCGUCUUGUGCCCGUCUGGAGAGGACAUAAACGUUGUGUCCGAUCGUUUCCGUAGAUACGUUGAGAUGGUGAUAUCGCAAGAGUUUAAGAAACUUCACAACAAUACCAGAGAGAAAGUGUACAGUCAUUACAUAAAAUGCAAUCAUGCAGAUCAUUGUGGCAGAGGGAGUAAGGAAUCCCAUAGUCUGGAUAAUAUUAAGAAAGAAAUCAAAGUGUGUUGUCCUGAUUACAGGGAUCACCCUAUCGAUGUCCGGAGAACAAUUGAAGAAUGGUUUCAAGAAAAGAAAAUACCUGAUGAACAGGCAAGUUCAGUUCGACCUGUAACAGAAAUGGACUUGAACAAGAUUGCACAAGCCAUUGGCACAAAUUGGGAACUUUUGGGCAUUGCGCUGGGUUUAAGCGCUGAUAAAGUAGAUCGCAUCAAACAAAGAAGUCGUGACUGUGGCAUAGCAACAAUAAUAUUUUAUAUGUUGAAGGAGUGGAAAAAUCAGAAUCAACACAAUGCAGACAUGAACGUCCUCAUACAAACGAUGAAAGACACAGAUGUAUUAUCCGUAAACUGGGAUAAAAUCAGGAACUUUCUUGAUAAUUUUUGAUCCCGAACUUGUUUGGAGUUUACCCGGGCCGUUUAUGCUCUCAGUCUGUUACUUAGUAUAAAAGUGCAUGCCAGUAUAUAACAUCAUUGUCGGUAAGACUGAUUUUUGUCGGAUAAUAUUGUAGGAUAUCUGAUAUAUGGACCAUUCGCAUAUCACGCCAACAGAGGGACUACAGCGGUAACCCGACAGUAUCAGUGUAUUUGAGUUAUUCCUAAACUCCGGAAAGUCUUUACAACUGAGGUAAUUGAACUGUCAUACAGGUUAAUGUAGCAGAGAGGGUUAGAGUCAUGUUAUGCCUCAAAUAUCAGGGAGGUUUUGAAUAAUUAAACAUUUUGUGAGAAAGAUAUAUCAAUAAAAGUAACACGUU